AUGGCUACAGAUAAUGAGGGAGACCUCAUGGUUGAAAACCUGGAUGACUGGAAGGAUGGCAAAUGUGAAUGUGGCCAAUGUACCUGCUACCCUCCAGGAGAUAGCAGAGUUUAUGGCAAGACCUGUGAAUGUGAUGAUCGGAAGUGUGAAGACUUGGAUGGGACAGUCUGUGGAGGCCAUGGUAAAUGCUCCUGUGGUCGCUGCAUUUGUGAGAGAGGGUGGUUUGGAAAACUCUGCCAAUAUUCAAGAAAAUGCAACAUGACUGAAGAAGAAAGCAAGAGUUUGUGUGAAUCAGCAGAUGGCAUAUUGUGCUCAGGGAAGGGCUCUUGUCACUGUGGAAAGUGCAUCUGUUCUUCUCAGGAAUGGUACGUUUCAGGGGAAUUCUGUGAAUGCGACGACAGAGACUGCGACAAGCAUGAUGGACUCAUUUGCACAGGCAAUGGAAUAUGUAGCUGUGGAAACUGUGAAUGCUGGGAUGGAUGGAAUGGAAAUGCUUGUGAAAUCUGGCUUGGGGCAGAAUAUCCUUAACAAUUACAUGACAAAGGACUAAGUUCUUAUUUUUUUAGGCCAUUAGAACACAUAAAUGCACAGCAAACAGCAUAUAAUCACCACUAGGGCUACUCAAGCAGUCUAUUGUAUGUUUUUUUCUAUUUCUCAAUGCCUGAGUAAAAUCUGGGUACCCAUUAAAAAGGAGUCCAAGCAGUUUGUGAUGGAAAUAGCACAAGAAAGGGCUUUCUUACAUAAUUUGCAUGGUUGUCAGCUCUGCACAUCAUUACACAAUGAAAACCACAUUAAGCCUAAUGAGGCGGAGACCUCACAUAUGAAACUGCAAAGCUAUUGAUCAGACACAGACUAUAUCGUGCCCCAGUCUGAACCUCUGAAAGGGGAUGAUAGAAAAGUCAACUCCAUAGUACAUAUAGUCUGUGGCAGGUGCUCACAGUGACUACAGAAUGCUAUCAAUCCCUUUUAAAAUUGGUCACUUUCAACAUUAAAGAACCUUUAUGCUUUUGUUUAAUUUUGAUAUUGCAGAACUCAAAAUCCAUGUAAAGAAACCCUUAAGAUGCAGAGAGUACUUAAGAAAAAUGUACAAUUUGCAAAUUUUAAUAAAUGUCAUAAUGUGACUAUACUGUUUGUGAAUAUGUAUGUAUCUAUUGAUCAUAAAAAACAAGGGAAAUGAAUUAUAUACUGCUAAAUUUGGAAAUAUU